CUCAGAACUUUCAACGGUCAAUAUUCAAAAUACAACCUUCUACCGUCACCUUUAAGUCUAUAACUUGAACAUUUCAAUACUUCAUCUUCAUACUUUUGACUCAAAUCAAUACAAAUAAACAAAAGCACUUCUUCUACACAUCAAGAUUCAUAAAACCAAUCAAACUUAUCUAAAGUUAUUCAUACCCAGAUCAUCAAAAUCUUGUUUUCGGAUUGAGAAAAGUGUUAAAAAUGGCGUCUUUGUGGAAGAAACUAAGAGCUAGGCGUUUGGCUGGCAAGAAGUUUGUUUUAGAUCAAGGUUUCCAGAUGGAACUCACCAUUCCAACACAUUUUCGAUGCCCGAUAUCGCUUGAUCUAAUGAAAGAUCCGGUGACGCUGUCAACGGGUAUCACGUAUGAUCGAGAAAGCAUCGAAAAGUGGAUACGAGAUGGAAACCAAACGUGCCCGGUCACAAACCAAGUCCUCACAAAUUUUGAUCAAACACCGAAUCAUAUGAUUCGGAGGAUGAUCCAAGAUUGGUGUGUUGAGAAUCGGUCACAUGGCGUUGAGCGAAUACCCACUCCUCGUACCCCAAUAACCUCUUCGGAUAUCAUGGAAAUUUGUUCGAAAAUGAUGGAUUCGGCUUCAGAAGGAGAUGGGAAAAGGUUUCAUGAUUUGGUGGGGAAGAUAAAUGCAUGGGCUAAAGAAAGUGAACAAAACAAGAGUCUUAUCAAAGAUAACGGGCUCGGGUAUGUGUUAGCGGCUUCAUUCGAGGCGUUUUCGAGUCUUUCGUUCGAAAAACAUGAAGAUGUUUUAAAGGAGAUUAUGUUAAUGUUAACAUGGAUGUCUCCUUUAGGGGUUGAAGGGCGAUCUAAGCUUGGAUCAACACAAUCUUUACGUUGCAUGACAAGGUUUUUAUCAUGUGAUGAUAUGUUUCUCAAAAGAAGUUGUGUUCAAACCCUAAAGGAACUUCUUUCCACUGAUCAAGCUCAUGUAAAUGCCUUAAUCGACAUCGAUGGCGUUCCAGAAGCCUUGAUCAACCUUAUAAACAUUUCGGUCAAAAGAUCUUCUUUUUCGGUCAUAUAUCACAUAAUUUCAACAAAAAAUGGUCACAACAAGCUCUCAUCAAGAUUCUUGGAGUUGGGUGUUGUUGGAUUGAGUUUAGAGGCUCUUGUGGACACCGAUAAGGGGUUAAGCGAGAUGGCGUUAGGCGUUUUAGAUCGCAUGUCUGAUUUAAAAGAAGGAAGGGAAAGAUUGCACAAACAUGCAUUGAGUGUGCCACUACUAGUGAAAAAGAUGCUAAGAGUGUCUUCUUUGGCUACUGAUUUUUGUGUUUCAAUGUUGUGGAAGUUGAGCUUUAAUGGUGAUGAGAGUAUUUUGGUGGAAGCUCUUCAUGUCGGUGCUUUUCAGAAGCUUUUGCUCAUGUUGCAGGUCAACUGUGUUGAAGAGACAAAGGUGAAGGCUACUGAUAUGUUAAAGAUGAUGAAUCAGUACAAGAAUAAGUUGGAUUGCUUUGAUUCUGGACAUUAUAAGUAUCUCAGAAAGUCAUAUUAGUUUUUGUAGUUUGUAACUAAAUUGUCUAAUUUGUGUUGAUAUAUUUAACUAGGUUUUCAUAUAAAAUAAAAAUGCCGAUAUCAAAUUUUGUGAACUUGUACAUUUUAGUUAGAAAAUAUUGAAAUACAUGAAGGUGUUCCUUUUUGUU